GUAAAAUUAAAAAUAAAAAAAAAUUUGUUAUUCGACACAGACGCACGCUCUCUCUCUCUCUCUAAAACUCAAAAUGGAACCUAAUGAAAACCAACUGAGCUCCUACUUCCAACACCCCACCACCACCACCGGCACCGGCACCGCCGCAACUGUCACAGCCACAAACACUGCAUCACCGACCAAUGGGCUCUUACCAAAUACCCACUCCACUGAUGGGUCCCACAUGGUGUACUCUCACUCGGUGCCCUCCUCAGCGGUGACCUCGCCACUUGAGCCCGCGAAAAGGAAGCGAGGAAGGCCCAGAAAGUAUGGCACGCCGGAACAGGCUUUGGCAGCCAAGAAGGCGGCGACGACGUCAUCUCACUCCUCAUCCUCUAAGGAGAAAAAGGACCACCAUGGCUCUGCCUCGCCUUCUUAUUCUGGGUCUACCAAGAAAUCUCAGCAGUUUUCUCUUGGCAAUGCAGGGCAAGGUUUUACACCACAUGUUUUAACUGUAGCUGCUGGGGAGGAUGUGGGCCAGAAAAUUAUGUUUUUCAUGCAACAGAGUAAGCGUGAAAUAUGCAUUCUGUCUGCUUCUGGUACAAUUUCAAAUGCUUCUCUCCGCCAGCCAGCUACUUCAGGAGGCAACAUUACAUAUGAGGGUCGUUUUGAGAUUAUUUCACUGUCUGGGUCUUACGUACGUACUGACCUUGGAGGGAGGGCUGGUGGGCUGAGUGUGUGCCUAUCUAGUACAGAUGGGCAAAUCAUCGGCGGUGGAGUUGGUGGGCCCCUGAAGGCUGCAGGCCCUGUGCAGGUUAUUGUCGGAACAUUUAUGGUUGAUGCCAAGAAGGAUGUCACUGCUGGUGUAAAGGGUGAUGCUUCUGCUACCAAGUUGCCAACAGCUGGGGAAAUGAUGAACGUAAGCUUCCGCUCGGCAGUUGACUCUUCUGGAAGAACUCUCGUCCGGGGAAAUGAUGAUCAGCAAGCUAUUGGAGGAAGUCAUUUUAUGAUUCAGGGCAUGCAUGUCGCACCUUCACGGCCCACAGAUUGGAGGGGUGGUCCGGAUGCUAGAGGCACUGGUGCUUAUGAAUUGACAGGAAGAGCAGGUCGUGCAGCACACCAAUCUCCAGAAAAUGGGGACUAUGAUCAAAUUCCAGAUUAGGGCUUGCUUUUGGAUUUGGAAGCACUGUUUUGUCGUAGAUAGAUGUAUAAUACAUACCGGAACUUUUUGUCAGCUUAUGCUGUUUGUAGCGUGCACCAUACAUUAGAGAUGAUGGCUUAUGAAAAGUCCCAUACCUGUGACUUACUCCUGUUGAAAUA